AUACUCCAUUCAGCUUAUUCAUUAUGUGUCAACCUGCAAACAUAAUAUGCCCACCUUUAAGAGGUGCAGGUAUUCUAGACAGGGGAGCAUUAAUGGUGGAUGGGAUUGAAACAUUGAUACUUAAUGAAGGACAUGAAGAAAUCUUUUUAUAUAUUUGUGAUAACUCUUUCUGUGAUAUAUGGUCAGGUUCAAAUAAAUCAUGCCCCAGAAUGGGUGAGGGAUAUGAGUGACUUAGAACUUAGAGAGGACAGACAGUUUUGUUCUUCUCCUGAUGAUGCCAGGGCAGGCAGGUGCAAUGAUUCCCUAGUUUACACAUUACUAGCUACUGAUGACCAAAAUGCUCAGCUGUAUUAUAGCAUGAAAGCAGAUCAUUUUCUAAUUGGCUCUGCAACUAUUGGAGAUGUAUACCUAAUUCAGCCAAUUGAUUAUGAGUCUAAUCACGAUGUUGAAGUUACUGUUGUUGUGACCGAUGGUGAAAAUGAAAUUGAGAGGAGCAUGAAGGUUAACAUUAUUGAUGUGAAUGAUGAAGCACCAAGGUUUUCACAGAGUACAUAUGCAACUGAUGUGCCAGAGGAUGCUGCAGUUGGGUCUGUGGUGCCUAACAUAAACAUCACAGUAACAGAUAAUGAUGGAGUGAACCAGAGGGUGGAUGUGACAUGUAUGGCUGACAGGAAUGCUGAAGCUUGCCAGAUGAUUAGGUUGGUGAAAGAUGAUGGAAAUAACUUGCUAUGGAAGGGUCACAUGGUUCUGCAACAGAAGCUAGAUUUUGAAGUGAAGUCUAUAUAUCAGAUACCUCUGCAAGCUUUUGAUGGUAUAAAUGCAUUUAUCCAGACCAUUAUAGUCAGAGUGGAAGAUGUACAGGAUUCUCCUCCAAUAUUUACUGGGACCUCCACUGCUGUCAUGGAUGAGGAACAGCCAGUGAACUACCUGAUCAAAACUGUACUUGCUGAGGAUGGAGAUCGUGGAAUUCCAAGAGAGAUAAGAUAUUCCAUAGUACCAGAAUUAUCUGACAGAAAUUCAACUUAUUAUUUGAGAAUUGACCCAGUUUCUGGUGAAAUAAGGACCAAGACAGUGUUUGACAGAGACAGAGAUCCUUCCUUUCAGGAUGGCACAUUAACUAUAAUUGUCAAGGCCCAGGAGAUGUAUGAAAAUGGAACCCUUGGAAAUGACCCUCUCACCACGGCUACAACCCAAAUUACCAUUACUGUGAAUGAUCUCAAUGACAAUGCACCAACUUUCUCUCAAGCCAAUUAUCCAGUGUACAUUGAUGAGAACAUUCCUAAUGACUCCCCACUCCCUGGCCUAGUGAUGUCUGUUAACGAUGUUGAUCAGGGCAGCAAUGCCCACUUCAAAGUGACAUUGUUGGACCAUACGGACACCUUCAGUAUUGAUCCAAACAUUGCCGAGGGACAGAGUGGACAAGUUGGGAGCUUUCUACGAAUCAAGAAUACUGACCUUAUUGAUUACGAUCGUGGAAUCAAAGAUUAUACUCUCAGGUGUGAUGUGUCUUUCUGCUUGCAAUUUGUUGUUUGCAAUUUAUUUAAUUUACAUUUUGCCCUUAAAAGUACUCCUUUAUUUUGUUCACUUACCUCAUAUAUAUACAGUAUCAUUGCACUGCUUUUUCCCUUCCUCACCUCCCUUUUUCUUCCCCUAUAUUUUUUCAAGGUUGUUGUGUAUGACAAUGAAGUUGUUCAGGUACUAGCUGCUGAGCUGUAUACAACGACCAGACAGUCAUCCACUGCCACAGUACAUGUGACAGUCAGAGAUGUCAAUGACAAUGACCCAGUGUUUGACAGAACCUCUUAUACUGCUGAGCUGUCCGAGCUGGCUGCACCUAAUGACAUUGUCAUUGAUGUCACAGCUAGGGAUAUUGAUAGUGGUAUAUUUGGUCAGCAAGGACUGAGGUAUUCUCUAGAAGGUGUAGGCAGUGAAAGGUUCUACAUAGAAAAUUCUACUGGCUUGAUUCGGGUAGCACCCUGUGCUGGUAGAAUAGGAGUUGCCCCUUGUAUUGACCAUGAGUCUAUAAGGGAAAAGAGCUAUGACCUUGUGAUUCAAGCUUCAGACGAACUGGGAAUUGGACCAACGGCACGCACAGAUAAUUCACGUCUGCGUGUCACUGUCUUAGAUGAAAAUGACAACCCUCCCGUUUUUACACAACAGAAAUGGAAGACAAGUAUUGAAGAAGGAAAGAGGAACCCUGAUCCUCCAUUGGUUAUUCAGGCAGGAGACAGAGACAGUUCAUUGAAUGGCAACAACCAUGUAGAGUACAGUCUAGUCAACCCAGACAACUUACUGCCAUUCACCAUUGACAGAGUUACUGGUAACAUAACAGGCACAAGGCCCAUGGUAUAUGACCCCAGAAGUGGAGAUGAAGGAACAAAGUACAGCUUUGUUGUGCAGGCUAAAAAUGGACCUUUUAUCAGUUCUGCAAAUGUGGAAAUCACAGUUCUAGACAUCAACAACCAUGCCCCAGAGUUUAGACCAGACAGUAGAUAUAGAACUUCAAUUGAUGAGACUACACCACCAGGAACUGCUGUUCUCCAAGUCCUGGCCAUAGAUCAAGAUGGUGGCCGGAAUGCUGAAAUAACAUUUGAGAUGACCGCUGGGCCUUCAGACAAGUUUAAUGUUGAUCCCAGUAAUGGCACCAUACUAGUGGCAUCAAGGGCAAGAUUUGAUUAUGACAGGACAAAGCAAUAUAACCUGACAGACAUCAACAACCAUGCCCCAGAGUUUAGACCAGACAGUAGAUAUAGAACUUCAAUUGAUGAGACUACACCACCAGGAACUGCUGUUCUCCAAGUCCUGGCCAUAGAUCAAGAUGGUGGCCGGAAUGCUGAAAUAACAUUUGAGAUGACCGCUGGGCCUUCAGACAAGUUUAAUGUUGAUCCCAGUAAUGGCACCAUACUAGUGGCAUCAAGGGCAAGAUUUGAUUAUGACAGGACAAAGCAAUAUAACCUGACAAUCACUGCUUCAGAUGAUGGCAAUCCAAAACAAAGUUCUACCGCUUUUGUAAUUAUUGACAUUUUGGACAAGAACAACAAAAAUCCAAGGUUUAGACCACAGUCUAAGGCCAUCUCCAUAUUUGAGAAUAAGCCAGUGGGAGAAACAGUGAUACAAAUGACAGCAGAAGACCCUGAUUUGAAUGCUAAUCUUCAAUAUUCCUUUGUACAACCAAUCACUGCUUCCAAUGUCCAAGGACAGGAUGUAGAUCCCAAUGUCUAUGACUUUACAAAUUUGUUUAGUAUAGAUCCUAGGGAUGGUGUUGUUCGUGUGGCUAGACCACUGAAUCGCGAUGAAGUAAAGGACUUUGUGUUUACUGUACAAGCGAGAGAUAUUUCUGCAAGUACUCCACAGAUUGGCCAAGGUAUUCUAAGGAUUGAGCUGUUAGAUGUCAAUGAUAAGCCUCCAGUGUUUGUGGCACCUUGGACCUCAACUAACCCAGUGUACAACAUCAACGUCAGGGAAGAGACGGACAGUUAUGUGAUGACACUGCAGGCUACAGAUCCUGAUGGACAGAUCUCAGAGUAUAAACUGGUAGAGGAUCCUGACCAACUGUUCGCUGUGGAUGCUCUCUCUGGUGAAGUAACAUUGACCACAAGGUUAGACUAUGAGAGCAUACAACAAACCAGGUUUGCUGUACAGGCUUUUGAUAAUGGAGAACCGCAGUUGAAUAGCACUGCUACAGUCCAUGUAAAAGUUGUUAACAUUAAUGACAACAAACCUAUCUUUAAUAAGGAAAGCUAUGUAGCCAAUCUGACUGAGAAUUCCCCAGGAGACACUCCAGUUCUGACCUUGUCAGCUGAUGAUGCUGAUCUUGGAGACUUUGGUCAGAUCAGAUACAGCAUCAACGAACCACAAAACAGAUUUAUUGUAGAUCCCGUGUCGGGGAUAGUACGUGUCCGUCGUGGUGCAGUGUUGGAUCGUGAAGAUAAAGAAAACACACAGAAUGGCCUUAUUGUUGUUAUUGCACAGGCUACAGACAGCCCGGACCCCAGAAAUGCUAAUGUCAGAAGAUCAACCUCUGCACCAGUGUACAUUCAACUGACAGACGUCAAUGACAAUGAUCCCAUCUUCACUGAGGACAACUUUGUUACCACCAUUAUUGAGACAGUUCCAGUCAAUGCAUUUAUCUUUCAAAUCUCUGCAAAUGAUAAGGACUUGGGAGAAAAUGCUAGAGUGACUUACAAUUUUGGAAAUGAUGCACCAAAUGACACAGNGAAGAUCACUGCUUCAGAUGAUGGCAAUCCAAAACAAAGUUCUACCGCUUUUGUAAUUAUUGACAUUUUGGACAAGAACAACAAAAAUCCAAGGUUCAGACCACAGUCUAAGGCCAUCUCCAUAUUUGAGAAUAAGCCAGUGGGAGAAACAGUGAUACAAAUGACAGCAGAAGACCCUGAUUUGAAUGCUAAUCUUCAAUAUUCCUUUGUACAACCAAUCACUGCUUCCAAUGUCCAAGGACAGGAUGUAGAUCCCAAUGUCUAUGACUUUACAAAUUUGUUUAGUAUAGAUCCUAGAGAUGGUGUUGUUCGUGUGGCUAGACCACUGAAUCGCGAUGAAGUAAAGGACUUUGUGUUUACUGUACAAGCAAGAGAUAUUUCUGCAAGUACUCCACAGAUUGGCCAAGGUAUUCUAAGGAUUGAGCUGUUAGAUGUCAAUGAUAAACCUCCAGUGUUUGUGGCACCUUGGACCUCAACUAACCCAGUGUACAACAUCAACGUCAGAGAAGAGACAGACAGUUAUGUGAUGACACUGCAGGCUACAGAUCCUGAUGGACAGAUCUCAGAGUAUAAACUGGUAGAGGAUCCUGACCAACUGUUCGCUGUGGAUGCUCUCUCUGGUGAAGUAACAUUGACCACAAGGUUAGACUAUGAGAGCAUACAACAAACCAGGUUUGCAGUACAGGCUUUUGAUAAUGGAGAACCGCAGUUGAAUAGCGCUGCUACAGUCCAUGUAAAAGUUGUCAACAUUAAUGACAACAAACCUAUCUUUAAUAAGGAAAGCUAUGUAGCCAAUCUGACUGAGAAUUCCCCGGGAGACACUCCAGUUCUGACCUUGUCAGCUGAUGAUGCUGAUCUUGGAGACUUUGGUCAGAUCAGAUACAGCAUCAAUGAACCUCAAAACAGAUUUAUUGUAGAUCCUGUAUCGGGGAUAGUACGUGUCCGUCGUGGUGCAGUGUUGGAUCGUGAGGAUAAAGAAAACACACAGAAUGGUCUUAUUGUUGUUAUUGCACAGGCUACAGACAGCCCGGACCCCAGAAAUGCUAAUGUCAGAAGAUCAACCUCUGCACCGGUGUACAUUCAACUGACAGAUGUCAAUGACAAUGAUCCCAUCUUCACCGAGGACAACUUUGUUACCACCAUCAUUGAGACGGUUCCGGUCAAUGCAUUUAUCUUUCAAAUCUCUGCAAAUGAUAAAGACUUGGGAGAAAAUGCUAGAGUGACUUACAAUUUUGGAAAUGAUGCACCAAAUGAACUGUUCGCAUUGAAUGAGACAACAGGAAGCCUUUCCACCAACAAGUCAUUAGUGGGUCACUCAGGAACAUACAGAUUUACUGUAGAAGCUACAGAUCAUGGCGUACCUGAGAGACGUGUCUCCCUAACAAGAGUGGUGAUAACGGUAUUAGCUACCAAUCAGCGAGCUCCCCGUUGGAUCUGGCCAGCGGGUAAUAAUCAGACUAUUGAGGUGCUUGAGAACCAGUAUGUAGGCUUGGUGGUCACUGACAAGCCAUAUGCUGUGGAUGAUGAUGAUGGCCCCAGUGGGAAAAUCACAUAUGGUUUCUAUGACAAUAGAUUUGUAAAGGAAACUCCAGAAUUCACUAUUAACCCUAUCACUGGUGUCAUUUCAGCCAAGGUGAUAUUUGAUAGGGAGGAAAAAGAUACAUACACACUGCUGUUAGUUGCCCGUGACAAUGGUCAGCCUCCACUGCAGUCCAACAGGUACUUGACUGUGAAAGUGCUAGAUGUCAAUGAUAACCCACCAUCAUUCCCAACAUUCCAAAAUGGGAGUACAAUACCAGUGACAUUCUUUGUGCCUGAAGGAGUGAAGGAUUACUUUGUUGGUCAAGUCAAUGCUACAGAUAAGGAUACAGGAAGAUAUGCAGACAUUUAUUACUACAUUGAUGGUGGCAAUUUCAACAACUCUUUCAAGAUAGAUAAUAGAACAGGAAGAAUCGUCACUAAUAAGGCGUUAGACAGAGAAACCAUCAGCAAGUUUGUCCUAACAGUCAGAGUGACAAAUAAUCUCAAUGAUGAUAAUGUCAUUAAUGUUAAUGAAGAGCCUUACCCUAACCCAACAUAUGUCAUGGUCACCAUUAUUGUUACUGAUACUAAUGACAAUGGACCAAUAUUUACACUUAAUGAGUAUUAUGCCUUUGUCCCAUUAAGGGCACCAUUCUGGUACUUGGUCACAGAUGAAAUAUCCGCAACGGACAAAGAUGGUGGCUCUAAUGGCAAUGUCACCUUCCGUAUCGAUCAGACUAUCGUGUCAAAGGAAAAUACUAAUAUAAUAUACACAGUUGAUAAUGCAAUGACCAUUGGUUUGUUGAAUGCUACUGUGUAUACCAUAUCUCUUAUGGAUAAUUACAAAGAUGUUAGAUUUGAUAUGGUAAUUGAUGCAUCAGACUCUGGAGAAAUACCAAGGUCUAUGAAGUCUAAUCUAAAGGUCUGGGUGGCAGAUGAAACAAAUGAGAUUGUCCUGCUCAUAAAACAACCACCAUAUUGGGUUCGAAGAUACAAGGAAAAAAUCAUACAACUGAUAACUUCAAUUGUGGGAGCAAAGACAGUAUUCAUUGAUGAAUCUGAAAUCAGAUUCCACCAAGUUGGUGAUUAUGUCAAUGAAAAAUGGACCGAUGUUGUCAUCUAUGUGGUUGACAACAAGACCAAUUUUCUGAUGGAUGGGAAAGCUGUCGCAGCUACACUUAAAGGGAAGCUGACAGGAGAUGAAAAAGGAGCGUUUGCUUUAUUGCAUGUGGCAGAUGCACAGCCUGGUGUAGCCGCAGCCUCGACUGGUGGAGGGGUAGAUUGGGGAGCCCUUGCUGGAGCCAUUGCAGCUCUUCUGGCAUUGUUAUUACUGUUACUGUUGUUGUUAUGUUGUUGCUUACCUUGCUGUGCUAAGUGCUGUGGAGGGUGCUGUGCCCCUGUUGGUGCAGGUGCUGGAAAAGAAAAGUUAGCUGCAGUAAGUGCAGGAGCAGGGACUGGUGCAGGAUAUGGAUAUGGAGCAGGCAGUGCAUAUGGAUAUGAUUCCUUCAACAACCAAGCCUUUGAAUUUGAUGAGCUACAUAGCACAGGGGGAGUGGUAGCAGUAGCUGGUGGUGGAGCAGGUGGUUACUCUCAUGAAGAAAGGAUCGAGCGAGAGCAAUUUGAGUUUGCCAGCAUGGAGAGAAGUGGUGUCGAGCAGGCGGUGGAGGCAGCAGAUGAGGUGGAUGCAAACUACACCAUUGUGGCUGGUUUGGCUGGAGGAGAGCAGGGAGCAGCUGCAGCACAAGGGACAGAUGAGUACACCAUUGUUGCUGGCUUGGCAGGUGGAGAGCAUGGAGGGCAGGCCCAGAUUGCAGAGUCUGCCUUUGUUGGUACCAUUCAUGCCACUACUGCUGGUGGAACCUCCACUAUGAGAUCAGGUGGAAGCAGCAAUGGCGGCGUCACAAUCCGCACUGGACAGUCUUCCAUGAACCAUGUUGAUUCUGGUCCUGCCGCUUCAGUGUAUUCAGAAUCCAUAUACAGCAGCAGGGAUGGCUCAGCUUAUGGUGUCCCAGUUGGUACAGCAGGAUUUACUAUUCAGACAACUGAAACUAGAAUGGCUGCUCCACCACCAGUUGCUGGUUUCACCAUCCAGACGACAGAAACAGCAAGAGCUGCACCUCCACCAACUGCAGGUUUUACCAUCCAGACAACAGAAACCCAGAGGGCAGCACCUCCUCCACAAACUGCUGGUUUUACCAUCCAGACAACAGAAACCCAGAGGGCAGCACCUCCUCCUCAAACUGCUGGCUUUACUAUUCAGACCACAGAAAAGGUGACCUCCUCUCAACCCCCACCGCCACCACCUCAGCCCACUGGUCAGUCAUGGCAUUCAGGAAGUUUGACCUUCCGGCCAGAAGUUGGUUCACCAGUGCCCCAACAUGGCAUGACCGUUCACACUGAAGAAGUGGUACAGCAGCAUGCCCCUCCAAUGGUUCAAAGCCCCAAUGGAACCCUGCACUCUGGAAGCCUUACCUUCCGUGCUGAUGACUUGCCAUCUCAGAGAUCUGCUGGUGGAACAAUGCAUACAGGUAGUGUGACCAUACGCCCGGAAGAUUUACCUGAUGCCCAUCUGGCUGGCGUCCAUGCUCCACUGACUGGGGUCCAUACUAUGACCACCUAUGGAAGAUCUGCUGUCCAUCCUGAUGAUCAUGUUCGCACUGGAACCAUGGUGUCAGGUGGCAGCAACACAGUGCGUACAGGGACAAUGCAGAGCAAUGGUAGAGCCAAUAGCUUUACACAUUCUGGUUCUGGAGGUCCAUACACAAGUGUAGAGAAUGGAUUUACUGUGGUUCAUCCACAGUAAAUGAGAAAUAUAUGUAUUAACUAUUAUUAUUAUUAUUAUUAUUAUUCCACAUUUUAUCUAUUAUGCAGUAUUUAGACAAUACUUGGGAAAAAAUUCUUAUUCUUCAUUGUAAAAUGUUUUUGUGCCAUACUUAUUUAUUUUAGUUUUUUCACUCUUUAAUGCUUGUCCUUAAGUCUGCCAGUAAUAAAGGUUUGCUUAAAGAAAUUCUAGUAUUGUACUUUUUGUGCUUUAAAGCCAAUUUAUAUGCCACAUUUUGAAUACCCUUAAUUAAAUUUGCCUUUAUUAAACAGAGUACAUAUGUUCAUUACUCUUACUAGAGCUUUGGUAAAAACUUUGCUUUACAUAUUUUAUAUUUAUUUGCACAAUGUUUUCCUAUCGUAUUUUUGCAACAGUGAACAGUGAAUACUUAUACAGCACUUUACUUUUAAUUGUAUUUUUCAGAACAUUUAACAUGUAUGACAUAUUGCAAUUACAUAAUGUUACAUAUCACAUACUUUGGUGCUAUAUAAUUAACCAUUGUCUUUGGUUUAAUUCAUAUUAUCAUGUUAUAUUUCAUAGUCAUUGUGGGUAAUACUUGAACUUUAAUUGUUAUUUUAAUCCCUAUUUUGUUUACACUUUAACAUUUUUUUAAUGGAAAGGUUGCAAUGUAAUGUAAUGAGAAUGUUUUCACUAUUAAUUUCAUUUGUUUAAAUCAUGCUAUUGUUUGAAAAGGGAAACAUUAAAUGCAGUAGCACCUUACUUAUGUACCAUAACUUGAACAAGAUAGAGUUGAUGAUGAUGAUAUAACAUAAAAUUUUUGAUGUAAUUGUGUAAAAUUGUUAAACUUUGGUCUAGGCUUUAAUAUGUUUAGGCAUGUCAAGGAUUUGUUUCAAUCAUGCGUUUUUCAUUAGAUGAAUAUAACCUGGCUGAAGUUGUAAAUCAUAACUGUUUGAAUCCAAAAGUGUUUGACCAUUGAAAACUUUUGAUAAAGCACUGUAGCAAGUGUUGGUCAAUGAGCAACAUUUGUUGAGGAAAGAAGAA